GGAGAUGCCACUUCUCCUUUCUCUCUUUUUCCUCUCUGCCAAGUCUUGGCUUCUCCCAAGAUUGCUAGCUGUUCCUCACCUUCCCCAAUACUUCUCGGUUCCCAUCUUUUGGAAUCUCUCUAGGUCUCAAAAUUGUUCUGGAUCCUGUCACUUUUUGAGUUUGGGAAUGUAGGAUGGAGUCUUUUUUAGGGGAUGUCCAUGUGCACACACGUGUGGUCAUUAGGGUAACCAGCUCAUCCCCAUUUGUCUAGGACUUUCUCAGUUUUAGCACUGCAAGUCUCUUGUCCCAGGCCCCUGAGUCUCUAACAAACGUAAAUGUUUGAUUACUUGAGUGGUCACACCGACCAUCACCCCAGGUUCUGCUUUUUUGACUGUUUACACCACCCAGGCAGAAGUCAAGUUAGAGGAAAUCCAGUCCUCAGGGUCGGGCCAGGGUCACCAAAACUGGGAUUGGACAGGGCUCUGGACUUGGGGGAGGGGGCAGAAAGUAUGGUUAGAGUGUCUAGUCUGGGGCAGAGGGAGAAAGACCAUAGAGAGAGAUGGAGGUGGGGAGCAGCUUGGAAGAGGAGGCAAAGACAACCUAGUUCCUGUCAGAAGGGGCCUCUGGGUAACCCCAGAGCUCUGAGCCAGAAGCGUCUAUCCCCAAACACUAACUUCAUGGCUUUCUUCCUGUCCUUGUGCACCAGAGCAGAGGCUUCCUAACUUCUGCUACACAUUUCCUAUCCCACACACCGUCUGUGGCCAGAAGGCUCUUCCUCAACUCUGCCUCCAGCUCUUACUGUGGUUUCAGCCCAUCUCUUUUCAUCAUAUCCUCUAGCUGAUAGCUGCUGGGUCAACUCUGAUCUGGCUCUUCUCUUUUUUUAUUUCUUAAAAAAAUUUAAUUUACUUAUUUUUUCCUGUGCUGGGUCUUCAUAGCUGCGCACGGGCUUUCUCAAGUCGUGCUGACUUAACUGACAGCACCCAGACUCCAGGCCAGGCCCCUGGCACCAGCACAGAUCUGGGGAUAGGCUACACCAUUCUGCCCUCGCCCUGGGACUGGCACCAGCUUCCAACCAGUGCCCGGCAAAGCCUUAAGUCCUUGCUAUAGCCAUGAACACUACAUCUCCUGCAGCACCCUCCUCACCGGGUGUCAAUUUCAUCUCGCUGCUGGUCAUCAUCGUACUGUCAGUGGCACUGGCUGUAGGGCUUCCUGGCAACAGCUUUGUGGUGUGGAGCAUCCUGGCAAAGCUGCCGAAGCGCUCUGUCACUGCCCUGAUGGUGCUGCACUUGGCCCUGGCCGACCUGGCCGUCUUGCUCACUGCCCCCUUUUUCCUCCACUCUGUGGCCCAAGGCACCUGGACUUUCGGAACAUCCGGCUGCCGCCUGUUCCACUAUGUCUGUGGAGUCAGCAUGUAUGCCAGCGUCCUGCUUAUCACGGCCAUGAGUCUGGACCGCUCGCUGGCAGUGGCCCUCCCCUUUGUGUCCCAGAAGCUGCGCACCAAGGCAGUCGCCUGGCGGGUGCUGGCCGGCAUCUGGGUAGUGUCUGUUCUGCUGGCCACUCCCGUCCUCUUGUACCGCACGGUGCACUUGCAACCGGACAAUAGGAGCCUGACCUGCUUCCUGACGUAUCCCAGCGAGAGACAUCGGGCCUUCCAUCUGUUCUUCGAGGUGAUCACCGGCUUCCUGCUGCCCUUCCUGGUCGUGGUGGCCAGCUACUGCGACAUCGGGCGCAGGUUGCGGGCCCGGCGCUUCCGCCGCAGCCGCCGCACCGGCCGCCUGGUGGCGCUCAUCAUCCUGGCCUUCGCCGUCUUCUGGCUGCCCUACCACGCGGUGAACCUGGCCGAGGGGUUCCGCGCCGCAGCGGGCCAGGCCCUGGGUUCCGGACUGGUGGGUUAUCGGCUGCUCCUGGCCCGCCACGUGCUCAUCACGGUGGCCUUCCUGAGCAGCAGCGUGAACCCCGUGCUGUACGCGUGCGCCGGGGGCGGUCUGUUGCGUUCGGCCGGCAUGGGCUUCGUCGCCAAGCUGUUGGAGGGCACCGGCUCCGAGGCAUCCAGCAGCCGUCGUGUGGGCUCCCUGGCCCAGACGGUGAGGGGCACCCCCGCCUCUCCCGAGCCUGACCCCACCGAGAGCCUCACUGCCUCCACCAACCCUCUCGAGUGAAGCGAACUCAACUAGGCCUGCUGGCUGGCCUCAGCGCAAAGACCCUAGCUUGGGGGAAUGCCCUCCCCGCUGGCCUGACCCAAUUUUUGACCAUCCCCCUCCUUCCCCCAGGAAGAGAACGCUGGUGGGAGAGUGGAGCGGAAGCGGGGGAGGGGCACAAGUCAGGGCUGAAUGGGAACCGGGUCCCCACAGGCAGCUUUACAAUUAAAACUGAAGUCUGAAACUGGGUCAACUCCGGUCUGUGUGAUGUGUUCAUGAUGGGGGACUGGGGUGCUCCUGGUUGCUCCUUCUCAAUCGCAGAGUGGCACAUCCUUUAGUUUCCCAUGCUUUUCAGUUUUGGGACACAGAGACAGAGAAAUCAGACCUUCCCACCCCGAUUCUGAGGAAGGUGAUCUGCAGAUCAUACUUGGAACAACACAGGUCUGCAGACCCCUGAAGGAGCUGGCCAAGGAAGACCACCCAGGUGUGCCCAUCACACCAGACUCCCUGACUCAGCACAGGAAGAAUAUUUAGACCUUCUAGGAGGUGUCUGCCCAGAGGGCUGGGGUGGGGAUCUUUGUUAAUGGGACUCCAACCUCCUGCCAGUACUCUGUGUCCUCUCAAUGGGAGAGGACAAUCUCUUAGGGGAUUGCCUCUUUUCCCUCUCUCUCCCGAGGCAGUCUCACCAGCGAGCCAAGUCAUCAGAUCUUAUUCCCUAGAACUCUGCACGCCAGCAUCCUGCCAGCCCCUAAAAUGCUGUGGCGCAGGCUGGAGCUGAAGGCCCUCUGUGAUGUGGUCACCCUUAGGAAAUGAAGAUUUGCAAAAGCGAGACGGUUGGGUCAUUUUUUACUUGGGAAGACUGUUGUCUUGGAGAGCCUUGGACUGGCUCUGUUCUGACAGCAUUUAAGAAGACGGCAGUGGCAGUUUACUUUUUGAAUCUCUUGCAUAAAAAGAGAAAGACAACUAGGAGAAAAGUCAAAAAUCCUCAUGUAACAUCUGCACAUCAAGAUACCUCUCAUGGACCCCAAAAUGUGAGCAAGGAUGAGUCAUGGAUGCUUCAGGACCUAUGUAAUAUCAGCAUCUGGGCAGGAGGCAAAAGGAAGCAAGGGAGAAUCUGAGAGACCUGAGAAUUGGAGACCCCAACUGUAUACAUGUCCUUGCUAGAAAGCAUGGUGGGUCAGCUUGAGAACAGCAGCUGGAAUGGGGAGGGACCUAAUAGAUUAUAUCCCAGGCCUCCCACCCAUGCUACAUAGUAAGCACAUAACAGGUGCUUAUUUAGUGUUUGUUGUGUGAAUAAAGAUGAAAUGUCA